AGCACAGAGAGCGCUAGGCGCAUCCAUAAACACGUAUACGCUAGGGAGCGAGAGCUACGCAUCGAUCGAAGCAAGACAGCACUAGUCGCGCGCGAAGAUCGCGGCUGGCUGGCCGCAGCACACACAACAUACAGACGAGCGGAUCGCGGUUCUUCUGUGAGUGCGGGCGUGCUGUCGCUGCUGCGUCGCCUCGCUUCACCGUCGAGACAUCGCACCGUCGACACCAUCGCCGUCGUAUUCAUAAUAAUAAUCUCGCGUCGUCGCACUGCCGCCGCCGCCGUGAGCGUGAGUGUUGGUAGUUGGUCUCAGUGUGCGUGCGAACGAGGUCGACGACGCGCGUCGAGGUUACAGCUCCGUGCACUCCUCGGGGAAGGUGGACCCGAGUGUUGGCGCCGUGCUCCGUUACGUCACACAUACUGCCGAUAGUCAUAAUCGUGCGUGUGCGUCGUCCGCCACAACAGCAGAGAGGAAAGUGCGCCCGCUGUUAGCAAGUGUGUGUGAGGGUGUGCAAGUGGCUAGCGCAAAGCCAGCAGCACGACGUCGACAGCAGAACAGCAAAAGCGUUCGAAGUGGCGAGGCUCGGCAGCACAUCAGCAGGCCGUCGCCGCUUUGACGACGGCGGCCGGUGACGGCGGCAGUACGAUCGUUCAGCUGCCUCUGCAGCCGCGAUUCAACCCAGCCAUGGAGUUGAGGCUACGCUCGCCCGCUGGGGCCGACUCCAUAAUAUACCAGUGGCCGCUCACCUCCGGCUCAGGAAACGACCGUCACGAUGGGGCAAUAGAUGUAAUAGAAACAAUGAGGUGGGUCUGUGAGGACUUUCCAGAUCUCAAAUUGCCUUUGGAAAACAAUAUUCUAUGUAACUAUGAUCCAAGAGAUUAUGAGAGCAUGAAGGGCCUAUGUGAUAGGUUUAAUAGAGCUAUUGACAGUUUAGUACAAUUGGAAAAAGGUACCAGUUUACCAUCACAAAGAUUAAACAAAAGGCCCAGUAGAGGAAUGCUUAGACACAUACUCCAACAAACCUAUAAUCAAGCUGUCAUUGAACCUGAUAAAUUAAAUCAGUAUGAACCUUUUUCACCCGAAGUUUAUGGAGAGACGAGUUAUGAAUUAGUUUGUCAGAUGAUUGAUCAAGUAGAAGUAACAGAGGAUGAUGUGUUUAUAGAUCUAGGUUCUGGUGUAGGUCAGGUAGUUCUACAAAUGGCUGCUGCUACUCGCUGCAAAAUCUGCAUAGGUGUUGAAAAAGCAGAUGUACCAUCUAGAUAUGCAGAAAACAUGGAAAUUCAUUUCCGUAAAUGGUUAAACUGGUAUGGUAAACGUUGUGGAGAAUAUCGUAUAAUCAAAGGCGAUUUCCUCUCAAAUGAACAUAGAGAAAGUAUUACGGGGGCCACUAUAGUAUUUGUCAAUAAUUUCGCGUUUGGACCUUCGGUCGAUCAUCAACUGAAAGAGCGUUUUGCGGAUUUGAGGGACGGUGCACGUAUUGUGUCAUCUAAGUCGUUCUGUCCAUUAAACUUUAGAAUAACGGAUAGGAAUCUCAGUGAUAUUGGUACAAUAAUGCAUGUAUCGGAGAUGACACCGCUAAAGGGAUCUGUCUCCUGGACGGGCAAGCCGGUAUCCUAUUAUUUGCACGUAAUCGACCGAACAAAGCUAGAGCGUUACUUUAAUCGUAUGAAAAACAAUAAGAACGGCGCACUUGACGACAAUUCAGACUCUGUGAUAAGCAACACUGCCAGCAAUAACAAUAGGGUAUCAAGUCGAAGCGAGCGAGCGAAACGAGAUUUAUCUCGGCAGCUGGACACAAGUCCCAACGAUUCAGAACAGCAGAACACGAACAGCGAGUCGGACGGCGACGAUGAACCAAAGUCACGUAGAGCAAAGAUGCGACGAAAGCUGAACAGAAAAAACGCCUCUGGGGGAGUUAGAAGUACAGGUUCAACGAGGGGCAGGCAGCGUGGUCGUGGUAUAAAGAAGACCAAACCCAAGAAAAUCAUCAACAUCUCGGGAUUGGAUCUGUUACAUAGCCAGACGCUGCUUAGCACGUCGCCGCAAGCAAUCGGCAAGAAACCGCCACCAGCACCCGGUACCGUGGAUCAGCACCUGUCGUCGCUAUCGCUAAUACAAGCGAAUGCGUCCACGGUGCACGAGGAGAUGACCAUACCUCCGGUGGCUGCCGACACUCCUUAUGCGUUACAAAUCCUUUUGGACCUGUACAAAGAUCAGUUUAUGGCAAUGCUUGAUCAAAUGAAAACACCAGCCUAUCGAGCCUCGGUAAACGCCGACAUCGCUAAAGAGCGCGAGAGGAACACGAAAUUGCAAUCUAGGGCGGCUCAACUGGAGAAACAAAUCAAGGUAUUGAUAGACGACAGCGUGACUCUACUAAAGGCGCGGAUGACAGAGCUCGGCAUAAACGCGACGUCGCCAGGCGACCUGUUAGCCAAGGCUAAAGAGAUCGUUCUGCGACAUAAACAGUUGCAAGCCAAAGCGAGCAAAUUGCAAGCUCAAGUGUCGAACAUAGAGACUGAACAAUGUAGACUAGCCACACUUAGACACCAAGAGCUGCAAGAGAAAUUCGGCAAUCCACCUGGUACAACCAACGUACCUCCACAGCAACCGGUCACCCAAGAAUACAUUCUUAAAGAGAUCUGGGCAACGUUGUCGCAAAGGAAACGAUUGCGUGCUCAGGUGAGUAAACUAGAGCAGGAAGUAUCUGUGGUAGAACGAGCACACAUCGAGAAGCAGUCUUCACCGAUGAGUCAGCACAGGGAUAACAACGUCGUCAAGCACGGAACACCGCCAUUAUCAGGUCAAUCACAACACCAGCAACAUCCCCAACACGUUAACAAGAGCAGCUCGAGGAAGAGUAGAGAAGGAAGGUCUCGAUCGCAAGAGUGGCCAGACGUGCCGGACGUGGGAAAGAUCCAAGAGAAGAAUCCCGAGCUUCUCGCGCAAAAGAUUCUGGAAACUGGACGUCAAAUUGAGGCUGGUCGAUUGCCCAGCAGAUCGAAUGUGCCAACAAUGGUAACCGCAAGCACUUCGAGACCACGGUUACCUCAAGCAACUUUAAGUUUCGGUACAACGCAGUCAACGCAACCACAGGGGCCAACUCGAGAUCCAAAUCGAGUUGGUCCUCAGGAACCGCCACGAGUUGCCAACUUUGAGGAUAGGUUGAAGAGCAUCAUCACGAGUGUGCUAAAUGAAGACGAACCAAAUAGGAAACAACAACAACAGCUACAGCAACAGCAGCUGCAUAUGCAAGGUGGUAUGAUUGCUGGCGAGCCGGAGAGAAAACGACACGCUAUGCCGCAAACCGUCAAUCCACCGGAUUACUCGCAGGUAUCGCCCGCUAAGAUGGCUCUGCGUCGACAUCUCUCUCAGGAACGCAUCCCGCCACCGACUGCCGCUGUUGAGUCAGCAGUCGAAACAGCAGUCAAGUCCCACCAGCAGCAGCAGCAGCAGCAGCAACAGCAACAACAGCAACAACAACAACAACAACAACAACAAAAACAACAACAACAACAACAACAGCAACAACAUCCGAGAAUGCAGCAACAUCCGGGCAACAAUCCAAGUAACAAUACGUCAACGCCAGGCAAUAAUGGAAUGCUGUGCACGAGGACCAUAGGCGACUUGGUCAGUGGUGAAAUCGAGCGUACUUUGGAGAUCUCCAACCAGACUAUCAUAAACGCUGCCGUCAAUCGCGAAAUGAAGAUGAUAAGUGGUAACCGAUCCGAACCGACCUAUUCGCCAGUCAAUAGGCCAGCGAGUAACGAUGGCGAGGUCGGUGGUUUGGCGACCUUGGCACACGUGGCGAGUUACGCACCGACGCCGUCGGCUCCAACGUCCUCUGCGUCUGGCAAUCCUUCGACGAGGUCGUCCGUUCUUUAUCCACCUCAACAAAAUCAGUCUCAGAGGUACACGCCAGUACAGCUGCCGCGAGCCGAUAUCAAACCUUAUCACGAGUCCUACUUCGCUGACAAUCCUUCGAGUUCAAUCAAUCAAUCUCACACGACGAGUUCGAACAUACAACCAUCGCCAACAACCCAGACCAACGGCGAGAUUCCACUGGAAGGAUUAGCUGCAACGUUACACGCCCGAAUGCUCAACAAUCAAAGUAGCAAUAACCCUGCCAAAGUCGACCACUCGUCCUCCGGCGGUCGAAGGUACACACCGUACUCCCGGUAUCCCAACAACGGCCCGAACAGCGCGAGUGCAGUGACGCCGCAGAGUCAGCCGACAGUGAAAACGGAGGCGAUCGUGUCGACGGUCAGCACAAGCGGCGCGUCGCUCAGUCCCAUCAUUGAGCCUCACUCGAACUCAUCGACGCCGCUGGUCGAUGAGCCGCCGCACUUACCCAGUUCGCGGCAGCGUCACGCCGACGACGAUGGAGAGGCGGACUGGCAGGAUCGCAUGAGCUCGGGCUUCGACCGGCUGGUGGCAUUCGCGUCCACGGAGCUGGAUAAGCGUCGACGCUCGACAGAAGGAGUCAACACGAGUCCCGACAGUGGUCUGGGCUCGGACAGCAGUGCUGUGCUUGGGCCGCCGCCGAUCGUACCCUCGCCAGAUGACGUGUUGGGCCCUCCGCGAACACCGUCGCCGGGUAGCCCGAGACCGGUGAGUCAGGCGCAGCAGCAACCUGGCGGCGUGCCUCUCAAGUACCAGCGGCAGCCUCAGCUGGAGUCGCAUCACUUCAAGAAGAAAUUCUUUCACCGAGAUUGGCUGCCACCGGGGCCCAGUAAAUUCCGGCCCAAGGGAAAAGAGUGGGACUGGAACAACCAAUCGCAUCCCUGGCCCGGCAACGACGAGCAGUCUUAAAUCCAAGAGGCGCGCGCGCAACAUUUGUACAGUUUUUAGCUUUAAAUUAGAGUCUCUCGUAUGUGACACCACCACGACUCGCUCGUUUCGAUUAUGUUUCAUUUUUCAUUCGUUCGCUCGCUCGUUUGUUCGUUCGUUCGUUCGCGCUCUCUCUCUCUCUCUCUCUCUCUUUCUCAUGCAAGUGCGACUAGAGGGUAGAUGUGGAUUAGAUUAUUAUAGAGUUCCAGAGACACGCACGUUGUUGUCGAGAUGACGAUGAAAUACGGCUGUAAUGCAUUUUCAUUGUUCGUUGACGAGUACAUAGGCUUAUGUAUUUAACUUUCUCAGCUCAUUCGUUUGUACGCUAAUUUGAAAGCGUAUUGUUCACUAUUAGAUUGUAGGCAGAAUAAGAAAAUACUUUACCUUGUAGCGCGAAUUUAAACGAUUAACGAGUAAUUUCAACUGCCCAUGUCUAGUUUCUUUUCUUUUUUUAUAAUUAUUGAUUAUAUUAUUAUUAAUAUUAUUAUUGUUUAAAUUCAUUGUAUAAAGAAUAUUGUUUUUGUUUUGUAUGGUACGAGAACGUUUUUGUGUGAUUGACGACUAAAAAAGAUGACGUAGGGAAGUUGUAUAGUGACAUUCAGAUUCAUCCUCUAGGUACAAUUGUAAUUUUCAAAGUGAGUCGCAUAAAUAGAUAGAUGUAAAUCAUAUUAGAAAGAAAUUUUUAUUCUUUUUUAAUUUCGACGUUUACAUAUCGUCGAAAUUAGAUUGGAUAUUGCGGGACAGUUUAUUGGUUAUAAAAUAAUUCAAAGUGAAUUCAUGUGUAAUUAUGUCUUGAACCAAUGUGUAGCCCAGCGAUAUGUGCACGAACUGCAUCACAAAAGUGCAUAAGUGAUUUAACAAAAAGGACUUAAAUUUUACCUAAGGUAAAUAUUGUAAUGUGAUUUUAAACGUUUAUACUGUAACGCAUAGUAUAAUAUUAAAAAAAAAUUUUGGACAUAAAAAUUAAAAAAAUAAGAAAUAUCAGAAAAUUAUGCACUUUCGGAGUGUCGCUUCGGUAAUACCAUUGAGAUUAAAGUUCAACACGCGUGAAGCAAAACUCAAAGCAUCUUUUUCACCGAAUCUUGUAGUCUUUUUACUUAAGCUAAUUAAAAGGUUAAUUACAAAUUACAAUGAUAAAAACACGACGUGGCUCCUGCGAAUCGCGUCAAAGCGUUUAGUGAAUUGAUGAAGAAAAAGAAGAGUAAUAUAACGUAAAAUCGCAGCGGCAGUCGUCACGUAGUGACACUGUACCUCUUGUGUGUUCGUCGUAAAAUUAUAGCGUUUUAGAAUUUUUGUAAGCGACAACAUCUUCCGUUUGGCCGAUGAUGGAGUCUCAACCAAAGUGUUCAUUACACUGCUUGAUUUGUAACUACAAAAGCAUUUUACAAUUGUAAUAACAAUCUUUUUGCAUGCGAUGAAAGAGGCAUAUUUUGUGAACGCGAACCGACAAUUUGCACUGUUUUCGUCCAAAGAGAGAGCAGUAUAUGCGAGCGUUGAACAUUUUCCAAUAGAUGCAUCGUAUAUAAUUAUUCGAUGGGAAACAAAGCAAAAAAAAUGAAUGUGAAAAAUAAAUGUGAGCAGAGUGUCAGAAGCGCACCGAGUGAGUAUUGCUAGAAUCUUUUUUAAUGUAAAGAUAGCAUGAAAAAAAAUGUGAAUGGAAAGGAUUAUUUGCAUAAAUCAUGGCAUUCCCGUAGGCGCGAGAUACAUCUUGUCACUUUUUGAGUGCGUCAAUAGUGUAAAAAGUUAAUCAACUCAUAACGUUGUAUAGAAACAAUCGGAUUAUUUAUAUCGAAGUACCCUUAUAUAUACGUCGGAAAAAAACGAACAUGUAGGUAGAUAUCGUAAAAGAAAGAAGAACGAUGCAGGUACCUGCAAAGUAUAGCUGUUAUAUACACUGCCGAACCUUCUACUAGUUAUAUUAUUGACCAUUAUUAUUUAUUGUUUUUAUUGGAAUAUUUUAAUACUAAGAAUUUUUGUAACAAGAACAACUCUUUUAUUUGUUUUCCCUCAUCUUCAAACACCGCUUACACACUGUUUGAACGCGCAAUUUCUCGCGCAGCCUAGAGCUCUUUCUAAGUAUAUCGAAAAAUACGUAACAGUGUUCUCAGCUAAAUUGUAAACACAAGUACGAGGAAAAGAAAGUUCAGAUACUUCUAGUGUAUUAUAUGAUGUGCGAAGGUACAAAAGAGAAAUGAAAAAAGUUUUGUAUCCCCCUGCAAUUUGUACACAACACUCGGUACUCGUCUCGUCGACGUCGACGACGAUGACAACUCGAGAAGAAAGUGAUCAAGAGUGGUUUUCUAUAUAUCGACAAACUUUUGGAGGAGUCUUUUGUGUACCAUAAAAACAAAUUUUAAACGUCAGUAAAUACGAUACC